UCUCUCUAUUUAAAGCAUUUCUCUCUUCUCAACAUUGUCACAGCUCUAUUCUCCCUUAAGUGUCUUUACAUUCUUUCUUUCCAGGGAAAUUGAGAGUUGAGACAGGUUUUCUUGAACCAUAUAUAUAUACAAUAGUUGUUGUAAAAAUGGAGAGCCAAAGCUAUAACAAGGUGAGUACUGUUGAUGGGAGCAAAGGGGCUACAGGCAUGUCAAGAACAGUGAGUAAAUGUGACUUGGUUCUUAGGGUUUUGGCAAUGCUGCUAACACUUGCAGCUGCCAUAGUUCUUGGGGUGAAUAAGCAGACUAAGGUCGUUCCAAUUCAGAUCACACCAACUUUGCCUUCUAUCAAUGUUGCAGCCCAAGCUAAGUGGCAAUACUUGUCUGCCUAUGUGUACUUCAUGGUGUCAAAUAUCAUAGCAUGCUCAUAUGCUGCAAUUUCUAUGCCCAUUGUAUUGGGAACCCGAAAUGGAAAGAUGGGAUUGGCCCAAAUUAUCAUUGUCCUCGAUCUGGUGAUGGUGGGGUUGCUAUUUUCUGGCAAUGGAGCUGCCAUGGCCAUUGGUCUCAUGGCCUACAAAGGGAACUCCCACGUUCGAUGGAACGAAGUUUGCAAUGUUUUUGACAAAUUCUGUGACCACGCUGCCGUUUCCCUCGUUCUGUCUCUUGUUGGUUCACUUGGCUUUAUGGCUUUGGCAGCCAUCGCUGCUCUCACCACCCAUAAGAGAUAUGCAAAGUAGAAAUUAAAAAUGAAUUAAUGUUUUAUGUGAAAAAGCCUGUUCUCAUUUGUUAUUUAUAUUAUUAAUUAUUAUUGUUAUAAGAAUUUGGGACUUUUUUUGGGGUAUGGCUAGAGUUCGAACUUGAAACUUUCAACUUUGAAGCCGACUCCAAUACCAUUGUAUUAUUAUAUGCUUUGUUCUA